AGAGCGGCCCGGACGCGGGAGAGGAGCGGGAGAGGAGCGGCGGCGGCGGCGGCGAUGCCGCGGGAGAUCAUCACCCUGCAGCUGGGCCAGUGCGGCAAUCAGAUCGGGUUCGAGUUCUGGAAGCAGCUGUGCGCGGAGCAUGGCAUUAGCCCCGAGGGCAUCGUCGAGGAGUUCGCCACCGAGGGCACCGACCGCAAGGACGUCUUCUUCUACCAGGCGGACGAUGAGCACUACAUCCCUCGGGCCGUGUUGCUGGACCUGGAGCCCCGCGUCAUUCACUCCAUCCUCAACUCCCCCUACGCCAACCUCUACAACCCCGAGAACAUCUACCUGUCGGAGCAUGGGGGCGGGGCCGGAAACAACUGGGCCAGCGGCUUCUCUCAGGGAGAGAAGAUCCACGAGGACAUCUUUGACAUCAUAGAUCGUGAGGCUGACGGCAGCGACAGCUUGGAGGGCUUCGUACUGUGCCACUCCAUCGCCGGGGGCACGGGUUCGGGCCUGGGCUCCUACCUCCUGGAACGGCUGAACGACAGGUACCCCAAGAAACUGGUGCAGACAUACUCGGUGUUCCCCAACCAGGACGAGAUGAGCGACGUGGUGGUGCAGCCCUACAACUCACUGCUCACGCUCAAGCGGCUGACGCAGAAUGCCGACUGUGUGGUGGUAUUGGACAACACAGCCCUGAACCGCAUCGCCACAGACCGUCUGCACAUCCAGAACCCGUCCUUCUCGCAGAUCAACCAGCUGGUCUCCACUAUCAUGUCGGCCAGCACCACCACUCUGCGCUACCCCGGCUACAUGAACAACGACCUCAUCGGCCUCAUCGCCUCCCUGAUCCCAACCCCCCGCCUCCACUUCCUCAUGACGGGCUACACCCCCCUCACCACGGACCAGUCGGUGGCCAGCGUGCGCAAGACAACGGUGCUGGAUGUGAUGCGGCGGCUGCUGCAGCCCAAGAACGUAAUGGUGUCGACGGGCCGGGACCGGCAGACCAACCACUGCUACAUCGCCAUCCUCAACAUCAUUCAGGGCGAGGUGGAUCCCACCCAGGUCCACAAGAGCCUGCAGCGCAUUCGGGAGCGCAAGCUGGCCAACUUCAUCCCGUGGGGCCCGGCCAGCAUCCAGGUAGCCCUGUCCCGCAAAUCUCCAUACCUUCCCUCCGCCCACCGUGUCAGCGGCCUCAUGAUGGCAAACCACACCAACAUCUCCUCGUUGUUCGAGCGGACAUGCCGCCAGUACGACAAGCUACGGAAGCGGGAGGCCUUCCUGGAGCAGUUCCGCAAGGAAGACAUCUUCAAGGAGAACUUCGACGAGCUGGACACCUCGCGGGAGAUUGUGCAGCAGCUCAUCGACGAGUACCACGCCGCCACCCGGCCCGACUACAUUUCCUGGGGCACCCAGGAGCAGUAACCCUCCACCCCAACCCCUCCUAUUUAUCUCAAAUAAAGCUCUGGAGUCUGA